AUGGGUGCCGCUUACCACAUUUUGGGAAGAACUGUUCAGCCACAUCAGUUGGCUUUGGGAACCAUUGCUGCUGUCUCCAUGUUGGUGGUACCUAACCCUUUCGCCUCGUCUUCAGCCAAGCAGGUGGAGAUCAAAGCCAAUUCCAAGGAGGAGGAAAAAUUCAUUGCUGAGUACUUGCAGAAGCACUCUGGGAAACAACACUAA